AUGGUAGCAGCACGGGGUAGAGGGGAGGGGAGAGGAGCCCGUGGAGGGCGCAGCAGAGGAGGGUUUCGUGGAGGAUCUCGUGGGGGUUCUCGAGGAGGAUCCCGAGGCGGGUUUCGAGGAGGCAAACGAGAAAACUUCAGAACGAGCCGGAUUGAGGACCCGGUAGAUGAAGCGUCCGUUGUGUCAGAACCUGAAGAGCCGGAUGUAGAUGAUGUAGAAGAUGCGCCGAGUGAUCUCUCAAGCGACGAGGAAGAGGCGCAAGUGGACAACCCUAGGCCGUACAAUGCGCUGCUCCAGUCACUUCAACAACCGUCCCACCGGGAUCAACCAAGGCGGAAAAGGCGAAAACUCAGCCAUGACGCAGAGAACGGGGGGGAUCCGCGGGGGCAGUCACCUGUGGCAGCCACUGUGGAUGUAGAUGGCGAGCUUGAACAAGUCGCAGCGGACGACGCUGAUGAAGAUGCUGAAGACCCGGGCACUGCUGAGGUGGAAGAGAUGGUAGAUGAUGAGGAGGACGCCUCGGACCCGUUUGAGUCCCACUUUGCCAAUCCGGACGAGAAUGAGUUAUCCAAGAACCUGAAGACCAUCGCGGCAAAUGGGUGGGACACGCGGAAGACUCAGCUGGAGAAUUUGGGGACAGCAUCCGUCAGUUACCCGCAAGGGUGCCUUUCGAAGUCCACGACCAAGCGCUCGUUACGUUCACCGAGGCAGCUCAAGUUGAAGAAGAGGUUAAUUGAGCCAGCUCAGAAAGUAAUCCCGGAGUUUACGGCCCUGGAGGGAGCUAUAGCGCCGAUUAUCUUCGAAUAUCAAGAUCUCUUGUUUGGCGCUCGCAGUGUGAGCAACGCAGGAAACCUCCGCAGGUUGGUAUGCCUACAUGCCCUGAAUCACAUCUUCAAGACCCGCGAUCGAAUCAUCAAAAACAAUGCUCGCCUGGCUAGGGAUCAGGACAAGGACAACCUUGAGCUACGAGAUCAGGGGUUCACAAGGCCAAAAGUGCUGAUGCUAUUGGAGACUCGGCAGUCCUGUGUCCGAGCCGUCGAUACCAUCAUGAGUUUAUGCGAGCCGGAGCAACAGGAGAACAAGAAGCGGUUUCAAGACUACUACGUGCAGACCGAGGACAAGUUCUCCGAGGAUCGGCCUGCAGAUUUUCGAGAGCUUUUCGAAGGCAAUGAUGAUAACGAGUUCAGACUCGGGAUGAAAUUCACCAGGAAAACCGUCAAAUACUUCUCGCAGUUCUACAACUCUGACAUCGUGUUCGCCAGUCCACUUGGCUUACGGCGCGCGAUUGAGUCAGGAGACCCCAAAAAACAAGACAGCGAUUUCCUCAGCUCCAUCGAGGUGGUGAUUGUGGACCAGGCAGACGCUAUGCUGAUGCAGAACUGGGAGCAUGUGGAGUUCGUCUUUGAGCAUCUGAACCUCCAACCGAAGGACCCUCACGGUUGCGAUUUCAGCCGCGUACGGAGCUGGUACCUGGACGGCAACGCCAAAUACUUGCGACAGACACUCGUCUUCUCCGCGUACCUCACACCCGAACUGAACAGACUACAUUCAGGACACAUGCAAAACCUCGCCGGCAAAAUAAAACACCAACCCUCGUACGAUGGCGCGAUGCUCGACAUCGGUCUCCAGCUCAAGCAGACCUUCUCGCGCUACGACUCGCCCUCACCAGCCAGCGACCCGGACGCACGCUUCAAAUACUUCACCACAGCCGUCGUACCAUCACUAUCACGCUACCCGAAGCCCGCGGAUGACGGCCAAGGCAUCCUCGUCUUCAUCCCCUCGUACCUCGACUUCGUCCGCAUCAGGAACUACUUCGCCACCUCCACCGCCACGCAGAACAUCUCUUUCGGCGCCAUCUCGGAGUACACGGAGCAGCCGGAUGCCCGUCGUGCGCGGUCGCACUUCCUCACUGGUCGCCAUUCUGUGCUGCUUUAUACGGGCAGAGCGCACCAUUUCCGCAGAUACUUCAUCCGCGGCGUGAAGAGGGUUGUUAUGUACGGCCUUCCGGAGAACCCGAUCUUCUAUCAGGAGCUUGUGGGCGGGUAUCUGGGUGCGACGAUCACCGAGGGCAAGAUCGACCCUUCGGAGGCGGUUGUGAGGGUGCUGUUCUCGAAGUGGGAUGGGCUCAGGCUGGAGAGGGUUGUGGGGACUAAGCGUGUGGGUGGUAUGUUGAGGGAGAAGAGUGGGGACACGUUUGAUUUUGUAUGA